UCUAAAUGCUACUGUUAAAAUUUUGUUUUUUAAUAAUUUUAUACAUACAUACGAUACAAACCUAUCGAGAUUAUCGUUAUAAUAAUGGUUAUUAUCGGCGAGGAGGAGGAGGAGGAGGAGGAAACACCUACAAUAGACACUACCAAAGUGAUAAUAAUAAUAGGCGGCUCCGGUAUCUAGCUAGYAAUAAUGAUGAUUAUGGUGGUGAUGAUGAUAAACUAUUAAUGGCCAAUGCAGAUCUAGAUGGAGGAGGACAGUUAGCUGCUGGACCACCACCACCAUCAUCACUAGCCAACAACWAUAAACCUAUGCUACAUAUGUCAUCCGAUCCUAUUAACAACGUUGAUGACAACCAUCAUCAAUUAUUUCUACCAGUCCCCGAUGCUGAUCCAUCKAGACAUCAGUUAGCCGAUCGACAUCAAAUAGACAUGUCUACCAAUCCGGAUAGUAUGUCCCGUAUCCGUGGAUUAGGCCGAUCGCUGGAUGAUCCGCUGAGUAGUAUGAUUGUAGAUCAUGAUAGUCCCGGUCCCGCGGGUGGUCCCGUAGRUGGUGGUCCAGUCGUUACAUCGUUUAAGCUAAAAGGUGGUAAAAGUCGCCGAUCCAGUGGCAGUACAGGUGACGGCCUAGGCUUACAGCUAUACGAUCCGAGUUGCGGCUAUUCGUUCUCCAAGAACCCRCGUAUUGUUGGCGGUCGUGAGGCACCCGAAGGUGAAUAUCCAUGGCUGGUGGCGGUACUGAAAAACGGUGAUCCCUGGUGCGGCGGUACUAUUGUCAAUAAACAAUGGAUAUUAUUGGCAUCGCAUUGUUUUCAAGGAAAACAGCCACACACUGAUUUUACCUGGGCCAUUAGAGUGGGUACCAAUGAUCGYAAUAAGGGAACUACCUACAAACUAGAUAAAGUUAUAACACACGAACGAUUCAAUUUGGACAACAUGAUGAACUCGGACAUAGCCAUGGCCAAAACUAACCGUCCCAUAAAGUUUACAGAACUGGUUAAGCCAGCCUGCCUGCCCAACGAUAGCUACUCGGAGCCCCGAGCAACCAAAGUUAUUGURGCCGGUUGGGGUGCCCAACAAUUUGAUGAUAGYGAUCUGCCUAAUAAGCUCCGGGAUGUUACAUUGACAUUGGUUAAGCCAGGUGAUUGCGCCGAUAAAUAUAAACGUAAACGUUACAGUAUAUACAAGUCCCAGUUAUGUACCUGGGCCUUCAAUAAAGAUUCAUGCCAGGGUGACUCCGGUGGACCGUUAGUUGAAAAAUAUGGCAACCGAUUUUUUCUAAUAGGUAUAGUUUCCUAUGGAGCUACAUGUGCCGAUGAUUAUCCCGGUGUCUAUACUAAAGUAUCCUAUUUUAUCAAAUGGAUUGUAAAUACAAUGGAAAAAAAUUAAUUAAUAAAUAUUAAU